CCAAAUCUGAGCAUGGGGGGGCCAUUCUUCACUAUUGCCGCCAAAGAGGCCGGAUCCGGGGUCGUUCACAUCGACUGGAACGACGAUCGUGCGAUUUAUGCUUUUGUUUUUGCAGUAGGUGAUUGGGAGGGGGGAGAAUUUUGUGUGCCGCAACUGGGCAUCAAAAUCCCUGUGCGCCCUGGGCAAGUAUUGGCGGUCCUAGCUCGGGUCCUAGCUCAUUUUAGUGCCCCUGUUACAAGCGGUCGUAGAAUCGUUUUCACUUGCUUCACCGACCGCUUACUUUUCCGUCACCGUCCCACGGAUGAUAUCCCAGUUAUUGUCAUUGCGUAG